AGAAAAUCAGAUAGCAAAACGUAGAUUUAUUACAGACACUCGAGUCUCAGCGGUACCAAACUAAUUAUAAAUCAGAAGAAAUAAGACUUUCUUAUGCAGCAGAAUAAGUACACAGCGAUAGGGUCAAUCGGUUGUCAAUGACUUCUCAAAUGACUUUGCUUUAACUGGAAUGCUAAGAUGACGUUCAACCCGUCAGCCGAGUUUACUGGAGAUGGAAAACAAAUGUACCAACAAUCUCAAAACAGACUACACAAAAACGGCGACAGGACCAGCCCUAUAAGCGUCAUAUUGGUGAGCUCUGGCAGUCGAGGGAACAAAUUGCUGUUUCGGUAUCCGUUUCAAAGAGCUGCAGAGUGUCCAUCCACCCUUACAGCAAAGCAACGAAGUCCAUAUGUACUGAACACUACAGGGGAUGUUCUGGAAGAUCAGGAUGGCGAUUCAAGAGAACAAACUCCACUAACUGACGAACAGUUGGUAGCAGGGUUCUCUGACAUCAUCCUCGCCACUAUCCUGGCCACCAAGUCUGAUAUGUGCGGAAAGAAGUUUGAGUUGAAGAUAGACAAUGUGCGUUUUGUGGGCCACCCUACGCUCCUUCAGCCCCCACACAUCAUUCAAGUUUCAAAAACGGAUCCUUCACCUAAGAGGGAGAUGCCCACCAUGAUCUUAUUCAGUGUGGUGUUCGCUCUGAGGGCCAACGCGGAUCCGUCAGUCAUCAGCUGCAUGCACAACCUGUCCCGGCGGAUCGCUAUCGCCCUGCAGCACGAGGAGCGUCGCUGUCAGUAUCUGACCAGGGAGGCCAAGCUGAUGCUGGCCGUCCAGGACGAGAUCACCACCAUGACUGAGACGGACGAAAGCCCCCAGUCCCCAUUUAGACAAAUCCUGCCCAAAUGUAAGCUGGCAAGAGACCUUAAGGAAGCCUAUGACAGUCUUUGUACAACAGGUAUGGUGAGACUGCACAUCAACAACUGGCUGGAGGUGAGCUUCUGUUUACCUCACAAAAUCCAUCGCAUCGGAGGAAACCAUAUUCCCCCAGAAGCACUGGAACGCAGCCUCAAGGCCAUAAGGCCAUACCAUGCCCUGCUACUGCUGGACAGUGAGAAGGCCCUGGUGAGCCAGCUUCCUCUGGACUGUUCGCCAGCCAUGGUGCGCCUCAUCAAAACCUGCUCUGCCGUCAAGAACUUGCAGCAGCUGGCGCAGGACGCCGACCUGGCUCUUCUACAGAUCUUCCAGAUUGCUGCUCAUUUGGUCUACUGGGGCAAAGCGAUCAUCAUCUACCCCCUGUGUGAGAAUAAUGUCUACAUGUUGUCACCCCACGCUAACAUUUGCCUCUACUCUCCGUUGUCGGAGCAGUUUGCCCAGCAGUUCCCCGGCUGUGACCUGCCCUCCAUGUUGGCCAAGUUCUCACUGCCUGUCUCGCUGGCCGAGUUCAGAAACCCCCUGGAGGCUCCUGUGCAGGAGGCCCAGCUCAUCCAGAUGGUGGUGUGGAUGCUCCAGCACCGCUUGCUGAUCCAGUUGCACACCUACGUCUGCCUGCUGGUGCCCCCCAGUGAGGACGAGCCCAGCCCAAGGGAUGAAGACCUCCCAUUGGCAGCUCGGGUUGGGGGCCGCAGCCUAAGCACACCCAGCGCACUCAGCUUUGGCUCCCCCACCAGCAGUGAUGACAUGACUCUGACCAGCCCUAGUAUGGACAACUCCAGCACCGAGCUACUGCCCGGAGGUGACUCUCCUCUCAACAAGAGGAUGACAGAGACCCUGCUGGCCAGUCUGACGGAGCACGAGAGGCAGGUCAUCCUCAACAUCCCCGCUGCACAGAAUCCCGAGGACCUGCGAAUGUUUGCCAGGCUGCUGCACUAUUUCCGAGGACACCACCACCUGGAAGAGAUUAUGUACAAUGAGAACAUGAGGCGCUCGCAGCUCAAGACAUUAUUUGACAAGUUCCGUAGCGUUCUGGUGGUGACUAACCACGAGGACCCCAUCAUCUCUAUCUUCCAGUCACCCAUGGAGUAGGAACACACAAGACAAUAGCAGCUAUUGUGCCGCACCCACUGGAAAAUAUUUCUAAUUCAGGACGAUGAAUACUCAUGCUAUGCCCUUGACUAAAGCGCUAAAGAUCUGUGAGGGACUACAAGUAAAUGUGCACAUUGUGAAAUUCAAUAUUUUGUGCUAGUAAAUUAUUUUGGAGAUAUGCGAUGCGUCUCUAGUAGUUGUGUUGAGCAUCAGAAAACCAGUGCACACACUAAAGGGUUGAGCUCAUCUUCCCUGUCCCAGAUGUGUUGGAUCAUUUCUGCCUAACAGAGGGGCAUAUUGUGUAAUGAUCAUUCCAGACCGUGAGCUGGAUUCUUCCCCUCAGGAAUCCCAGAGGUGGUUUUGUGUGUGUGUGUGUGUGUGUGUGUGUGUGUGUGUGUGUGGUGGGGGAGUACCGGCAAGAAAGAGAAGCGUCCUAUCAUAAGCUGUUUUUGCUUUGAGGGAGCGCCUUCCAGCCAUCUGUAAAAUCAAUAAAGAAAUAAGAGAAUUUACCUAGCACAAAAAGAAACAAAAACAGGUGGACUUGAACUGAACAAAACCGUAGAGUGGUUGAAGUUUCUUUGUACUACAUUACUUAAAUUUUGCCCAAGUUAUCAAUACCUUGUCAUUCCAAUUGGAAAAUCCGCUAUUCAGGUUAAGUUCAGUCAAUUCUGCUCAUGUUUUGAGAAAAAAAAGAAAUCUGGCUAGUGAAAGAUUUUACAGUUGAACACCUUAA